UGUAUCCAGUUCUAUAUGCGUAAGUGCUUUUGAAAUAAAGCAACAGUUUUGCCCAGAGCAAAGCAUAUAGCACUCAGAAAAAGCAAGCCACUGUAGUACCUCUUCAGCUAUAUAUUCACUGAAAAACCCUAUUUUUCACUCCUCUCUCUCUCUCUCUCUUCCCUCCACAACAUGAAAAUCUUCCUCUUCUUCUUCUUCUUAUUAUUCGCACUUUUCCAGGUCUCAGUAGCGAGCACAAGCAAUGAAACUACAAACAACCCUUUCACUCCCAAAGCCUCACUCAACCGCUAUUGGGACACCCACAUUUCCAACAACCUCCCAAAACCCGCCUUCCUCUUCGCCAAAGCUUCCCAACUCGACCCAGUCAACUCAACGAUUCUCACCAAACUCGCCGCUCAAAACUCACUGUCCUCCCACUUCACCUCCUUCUGCUCCCUAGCCAACCUCUGCUGCUCCUUCGACUCCUCCGCCGAAACCCACCAACAAGACAUCGCCACCCGCCACCCCAAAAACGCAAACUUCGCCGUCUACGCCGACAAGAACUUCGCCAACUACGGCUCCUCCCAACUCGGUGGAGUCGACUCGUUCAAGAACUACUCGGAAGAGUUGAACUCGCCCCGCGACUCGUUCAAGAAGUACAGCAAGGGCUCCCACUCGCACUUGGAGAAGUUCACGUCCUACGCCCACGAUGCCAACGUCGCAAACUCCAACUUCACCAGCUACGGCGCCGACUCGGGCGGCGGUUCGGGCGAGUUCACCAGCUACGACGACCGAGUCAACGUCCCUAGCCUCGGAUUCACAUCCUACGACUCGAACGCCAACGACCACCGUCUCUCCUUCACCGGGUACGGCCACGACACCAACUCGGGCUCUGAAUCCUUCACCAGCUACGGAAAAUCCGGCAAUUCUAACCCGAACCAGUUCACCAGGUACGCUGAAGGUUCGAACAUAAUAGGGUCGGGUUUCACGGGUUACGGAGAGUCCGGGAACGGCCAAAACGAUUCGUUUACAGGGUAUGGGCAAUCUGGUAAUAACCCACAUAACAAUUUCAAGAGCUACGGCGCCGGCGGGAAUGCCGGGCUCGAUGGGUUCUCCAAUUACCGGAGCUGGGCGAAUGUCGGCGACGAUACGUUUCAGUCGUACGCGAGAAAUUCAAAUUCCGGGAAAGUGAGAUUCUCGAAUUACGGGAAAUCGUUCAACCCCGGAAACGACUCGUUCAAAGAGUACGGAGCCGGGUCGAAGGGUCGGACCACCGUCGGGUUCAAAACGUACGGUUUGGGUCGGAGUUUCAAAGAGUAUGCCAAAAAUGGCGUCACUUUUGCAGAGUAUAACGAUUUGAGCAGCGUAGGAACCCAUUCGACUGAAAAGGAGUCUAGUGGCAGUGCUGUAAAUAGGUGGGUUGAGCCCGGCAAGUUCUUCAGGGAAUCAAUGUUGAGGCAGGGGAAUGUAAUGGUGAUGCCCGACAUUAGGGACCGAAUGCCGGAAAGGUCGUUUUUACCCCGGGGGAUUUUGUCGAAAUUACCUUUUUCGACGUUGAGGAUGUCGGAGAUUAAGGAGAUAUUUCACGCACCGGAGAACUCCGCCAUGGAGCGCGUGCUGACUAACGCGCUGGCCGAAUGUGAGAGGGAUCCGAGCCCGGGCGAAACCAAGCGGUGCGUGGGGUCGGUUGAGGACAUGAUUGACUUUGCAGUCUCGGUCCUCGACCGCAAUGUGGUGGUCCGGACCACGAAAAAUGUGAGCGGGUCAAAGCAGAAGGUGAUGAUCGGAGCGGUCAGCGGAAUCAACAGCGGAAAUAUAACCAAAUCGGUUUCGUGUCAUCAAAGUUUGUAUCCCUACUUACUGUAUUACUGCCACUCCGUGCCUAGGGUUAGGGUUUAUGAGGCUGAUAUCCUUGAUGUGGAGAGUAAGAGCAAGAUCAACCACGGUGUUGCCAUUUGUCACAUGGACACGUCAUCGUGGAGUCCGGGACAUGGUGCAUUCGUGGCACUGGGGUCCAGUCCGGGAAAAAUUGAAGUCUGCCACUGGAUAUUCGAGAACGACAUGACAUGGACAAUUGCGGAUUAAGGACUGACACUGUUUUGUCUUCCAUGUUUCACUGAGAUUUAUUGUGGUAAUUAAGAAGCUUUUUGGUUCGGUGAUUUCAUUGUUUUAUAUAUGGUUAAAGUUUGGGAGUUUGUUAGUUCAA